UAUCACUUACAUUUAGCCCACCUCCCAUAUUUCAUCAACUAUAUGUUUUCCUCGUGAUUUUCGUUAGCGUGCAGCAGAAAACGUUGAAUUUAUUUAUAUAUUUGCAAAUUAAUUUAUUUUUCUUAAAAUGUCUGCAAAAAAAGCGCGUCCACGCCUUUCCAAGGGCAUCCUCGAGAUGAAGUUCAUGCAACGCACGAAGGCGAAAGUAGAUAAAGAGAUCGAAGAGGCAGAGGGCCGGGAAAUGUACUCGCAAGAAAUCACACAAAAAAUGUUGAACAGCAAUUCAAACUAUAUAAUGGAGCCGAGUUUCGUGCAUUGCGAAAAUCUUAUUGAGGGUCGCCUCAGUUUCCGCGGCAUGAAUCCGGAAAUAGAACGUCUUUUAGAGUUGGAACAGGCUGAAAAAGCAGCCAAUACACGACAUGAGCAACCCACUGAGGUGUCUGACAAGUAUAUGGCUACAUUUUAUAACGCACAGCAGGUGACAAUGCAAAAGAAAUUCCAAACAAAGGCACAAUUCAAAGCAAAACGCAAUCACGUUGAUAAAAAGACAUGGCAAGGUAAAAAACCUAGGUUCCAAAAGCCGCAAGAGGACGAUGCUGAAGAUGAUAACAAUAAAUAGAACUAGUACAAACAAUUUUAAAUUGUAACUUAAAAAAAUUCUAAACAUUAAUAACAAUGUUUUGUAUACAUUAA